UAGGCUGGGCCAAUGUAUUGUCAAAGCGACGUAUUUUUGCGUAGCCUACUGCACCUUUAAAUGGGUGGCUGCCGCUCGUCUCCUCGCGCGUCAGCAUCAGCAGGCGGCACGCGUGAUGCCAAUCGAUAAGCCGUAGUGAAACGGGGAAAGUAUCAUCAUAUUCAAGCGGAGCGCUCGCCAUCCACGUAGAUCCCUACUCGCCAUGGAUGUCUAUUCAUCUGCAGUGGCUGCUCUGGCACACAUGACGCGAAACACCGCGCCAAUCCCCUUUCAUCCUUAAUUCGCCUGCCAAGAUAUUGCCAUGGAAAACCAACGGACGGGGGAGACUUCAGAACGUGAAAAUACGAAGAUGGAGAUACAUUUCCUUCUCCUGCUGAACUGAGUUCAGCUCGCCCAAUCAUGGCCGCCAUGGCCGCCAUGGCAUUCUGCAACGAGAGCCUGCCAGAGGGCUGCGACUACAUGCAGCCCGGCGGCGUGGAGGAACCCUCGGAGGCCUUACCCUCGGAGGGCGGGACGCCCCUGAUGUCCGUCACUCUGCGGGUCACCCUGGCGGCCAUCAUGAUCUUCAUGAUCACCAUCGGCUUCCUGGGCAACGCCAUCGUGUGCCUGAUCGUCUACCAGAAGCCCGCCAUGCGGUCGGCCAUCAACCUGCUGCUGGCCACGCUGGCCUUCUCCGACAUCAUGCUGUCACUGCUCUGCAUGCCCUUCACCGCCGUCACUGUGGCCACUGCCGACUGGCGCUUCGGUGGCGCGUUCUGCCGCGCGUCCAUCAUGCUGUACUGGCUCUUUGUCCUUGAGGGCGUGUCCAUCCUGCUCAUCAUCAGCGUGGACCGCUUCCUCAUCAUCGUGCAGCGCCAGGACAAGCUGACCCCGCACCGGGCCAAGCUGCUCAUCGUGGCCUCCUGGGUGCUGAGCCUGUGCGUGGCGCUCCCGUCCGUGGUGGGCUGGCGGGCGGGGGCGGCGGGCAUCGGCGGGGCCUGGGCGCCGCAGUGCGUGCUGGGCUACAGCGAGUCGGUGGCGGACCGCGGCUACACGGUGCUGCUGGCGGUGGCGGUGUUCUUCGUGCCGUUCGGCGUCAUGCUCUACUCCUACCUGUGCAUCCUGAACACGGUGCGGCGCAACGCCCUGCGCAUCCACAACCACACCAGCGAGCACUCCUGCCUGCCCGCGCUCAACCAGGUGGGCAAGCUGGGCCUGACGGGGCUGCAGCGCCCCCCGCAGGUCAACGUUGACAUGAGCUUCAAGACGCGCGCCUUCACCACCAUCCUCAUCCUCUUCAUCGGGUUCUCAGUGUGCUGGCUGCCGCACACGGUGGUGAGCCUGCUGGCCGUGUUCAGCAGACGCUUCUACUACAGCUCGGCCUUCUACCCGGUCAGCGUCGGCGCGCUGUGGCUCAGCUACCUGAAGACGGUGUUCAACCCGGUGAUCUACUGCUGGAGGAUCAGGAAGUUCAGGGAGGCCUGCCUUGAGUUUAUGCCCAAGAGCUGCAAGCUGUGCCCCAGGGUGCCGGGCCGGAGCCGCAGGCGCGUGAGGCCCAGUAACAUAUACGUGUGCAGCGAGACGCAGUCUGCUGUGUAGAGGGAGAUGGAGACGAUUGGAGGACAUUGACUGUGAAGCAAUGGUUUGAAACUGCUACUACUGAGCUCUGUUGAGAGAGGAAUCCCCAUUUGGCUGAAGUCAGGCACAGGCUGUGACUGAAGAAAAAGCAGACUUGAAUAAGAAUAAAAAGAAGGAAAAAAUGAAUAAACCUUCAUGAUAUCCUUGUUAUUGUGGAUAUCCAAUUUGGGUUAACGAUUUGAUAUGGCAUUUUGUGUAGAUUAGGAAAGAAUUGUUUAUAAGAUUACGGCAGAAUACAAAUUUUGGCAGCGCUCAUAAUGACUUAAUGAUGACAGUAACAUUUGCAGGUUACUAAGCAACACACCAACCACAGUCCGUUUGUUUGUUGAUUCAUGAUGUGUCCUUUGAUCUGUCCUCCCCUUUUUUUGACAAACACAUUUUGUACGUAUUCGUAAAUAUUCGAUUGAUUGUUGAAGAAGGUCCAAUCAGAAUACUUUCUGAAUAACUGCCAUUGUAAAGGAAGUAUAUUUUUCUUUCUAUUUAUUAUCAAAUGAGAUAAGUCACAUAAUGAUUAAGUAUUACAGUUUACGCUAGUAUUCAAAUUAAAAUGUAAUGGACUACA